CGCUAUUUACGCACUAGUGCGCUCCUUCAAACAAACCCGUAUCCGUUUUAAUAUAACCGAUCUUUUAAUAGAAAUGCGAGUGGGUUUAAUCUUUCGUUGUAUAAAAAAAUAGUGCUUUAGUUACCACAAGUAAAACACAACUGCAUCUUGACUUCAUUAGACGAAGGACAAUUUUUUAGCAGCGAUGGACAUGAGAUACCUCCUGACCUACUUUAACAAGCGCGGAGGCGGGGAGAUUGUGAGGCUGACCUUCGUGGCCGGAGGUCAGGAGUUCACGGACGAGCGUCUGACCUCAGAGCAGUGGAAGGACCGGAAGUCAGAAAUGCCUAUGAAAAAUCUUCCGGUGCUUCACGUAAACAAUGGCGAAACGGAAGUGACGUAUUGUCAGUCUGGAGAAAUUGCAAGAUACUUAGCCAGAAAAUUUGGUCUUUAUGGCGACAGCGAGGAGGAGAGUCUGUUGGUGGAUGAGGUGUACGACACGGUCGGUGACGUCAGGAAGGUCUUCGUGCAGAUACACCUCUGUGCAGACGACAAUACAAAACGCGAGCUCGCUACAAAUCUAGUCAGCGAUGUCCUCCCCACAUUCUACAGCUAUUUUGAACGGCGGAAGCGCGAGUACGGUGAGAACGGAUUCAUUGUCAGCGGCAAGCUGACGCUUGCGGACCUCGCGGUGUUCAAUAUGGUGGACAGCAUCAUAGAAAUGGGUCAACAGUCGUUAUGGCAACCGUACCCAGAAUUACUAAAACACCACGAAAACGUCAAGAAAAACACACGCAUUGCUGAGUGGCUUCAAAAACGUCCGAAAACCGAGGUGUAAGCCUUAAAGACACUGAGACACUUAGUAUAAAUUAUUUAUAAAACGACGUGCAUCAAUCAAACACUCAGACAUCUUACGUUGCUUCAAUUAAAUAGUUGUUGAUUACGUUGUUUAACGCUUCUUGCCACGUUUCUCGCACAAGAAUUCGAAUACGUGUUUUGGUGUACAUUUGGUUGUGCAGUUUAUGUUGAAAUUAACGAUUCUCGACAUGUGCAUUUUCCUAAGCAGGAAUUAUUCAGGUUUCUUUCGUAUUUAUAUUAUAUAUAAAUAUUGUCGUAGAAAUUGCAUGUACAAAUAAAAACAUGCAUAAAUUU